AUGAUUAUGAGCGGUGGUCGCUUUGACUUUGAAGAUGGUGGAACUUAUUGCGGCGAAUGGAAAAACAGCAAAGCACACGGCUACGGGAUCUGCACCGGGCCGAAAGGACAAGCGCGCUACGAAGGCUCGUGGAACAACGGAUUCGAACUUAGUGGAGUGUAUGUUUGGCCAAAUGGCCAUCGGUUUGAGGGAGAUUGGCUUGGUGGCCGUAGGCACGGACUUGGCGUUGAGUUUCGGGGAAAAUGGGUGUAUCAGGGAGAGUGGGAAGAAGGAUUUAAAGCACGUUACGGAAUACAGAAAUCGCAAAGUGGAGCCCGGUAUGAAGGAAGCUGGACUUCUGGUCUGCAAGAAGGUUAUGGCAUCGAGAUUUAUGCCGAUAAAGGUGGGUUUUGCUUGAGAAGAGAGAAGCAAAGUAUACAGAGAGAAGCGUUUGCUCGUAUAAAUGACAACAGAUAAAUUUGUUUCCCGAAACAAUGACGGCCCAUUUCGGAAGAAUAAGCUUAACUCAAUUGAUCAUUUGUGUCGCUUAGACAAGGUACACCACUGUACUUUUACGUCAUGUCUUGGUUUUUGCCAUUGCCUUAAGCACUAUAUUUUACUAAAUUCGCGUAAUUCGUUUAAUUUAUAUUCCAAUUAUGCCCAACUAAACGGAUUUAAACGUUUUUCGCUGUUUUUCCGGAUUUUGAAUAAUGGCUAAUGCGCGCACAGAGGGACAUAAAAUGACAAUUUUCUCACUCUCUAAUUUGACAGCACUCGGGUACAAUUCUGCGCGAGAAUUGUCCUUUCUAAUGAAGCUAUUUUGCGAAUUUCGGGACGUCGCUGAGGCUGUUUUUACGUCGUGCCAUACCAAUUCGUACAUUCGGUCAGGUUAUUAUAAGCGUAUUGACAAUGAGGCCUUGACAAUCUUGGCGAUCUCGCAUUGAAUCAGAACUUUCCCGUUGUAUGAUCAAGGCAAAAUAAACUUAUUAAAAUAGAAAAAAGUCCAGAGAAUCAUUCAAAUUCAAGCGGUAUAACUUAUUAUUUCUAUAAAUAAAAAUGAGUGUUUUAUAUUGAAGACAAAAUAUCAAGACCUAUCGUAGCUCGACAGCUGACAGGGUUGAAUCAGUGCGCUGUCCGGCGGCGCAAAUGCGUCGCAAAUGGAAUACUGCACACAAAGUUGGCAUCCCUUCAAUUCUCAGGAACGUUCCACGAGUGAUAAAUAAUGAAACCGACAUCUAAACACAACUCCGCUACUUUCAUUUACUUGUAGACUUUGUAUGCUUCAGUUGUUUAGGAGAAUUCCAAAUAUCCGCAAUAGGCGACUGUUUUCUUUACAAAUUUAUCUUGUCUGUUUCGCUGAAGUUUGGAAAUAGCCUAGAUUCCUGGAUACGGUUUUUGCAAUUGUGUCUGUUUGAAAGGGAGUGAUAAAAAUUUCGAACGGACAGCGGCGAUGAAAGGUUUUAGAACUAUGUGGCAUUUGGAGCAAAGCACUACUGCGUAUAGAAAGGUAAACAGUCAACAUGCUCGCGAAUUUAUCGCCACUUCGCACUCUUUGCGUGCAAUGAUGAUCUGUCAUCACGCUAAACGAUUGUUGGUGUUGCUAGCAAGUAAAGUUAGAAGCUACAUUGGCGUGUUGGAUGAUUUAGCAGCAAUCAGGUGAAAUAUGCGAAGUUCUAGAAAAAACACGAAACUUUUUCUUUGCGGGAAUGUUAAGGCGCGUCUCUGCUGGAGAUAUCACUACAGAUUGUCUUGUCAGUGGGUCACUUUAGAGCGAUUGCAUGGAUAAUUUUAACUUAAUAACUGCCCGUUCCAAACGAUCGUUCUGGGACAUUCCGGGCUUCGUCUGUUUACCUUUGGUAUUAUAGCCUUAGUAGAUUCUAGAAAACAAAUUUACUAAAAUAACUGGGCAUCAUAAUUUUCACCAAAGUUCUCCCAUCUGAUGUACGCUGAUAUCACAGGACUUAAAAGUAAAAUUUGUCAGUGAUCAUGCAGCCAGGGCAGGCAUGAGUCGCUUGAAAAAUGUUUCAAUUUGGCAGUCUGGUCUGUCUUGAAUUUCUCGUGGAAAUGCAAAUAAGUUUGACAGUGAUUUCAGGACUGUAAUUUUUUUAACAUUAACAUUUCAGCCAAUUUCUUGUAUCUUCAUUGAUCUUUUUCAGUCCAGCUUUGUCAUUCGAUUAGACUCAAUUAUGCCAUUCAUGUGCCCUCGAGGUCGACAGUAGACAGACAGUACCAGAAAUUGAUUUAAUCUACCUUCCUGGGUUUAUAAUAAGAGAAACUCAUCUCUAGACGCCAGAACAAUAAUUGCUGUUUAAUUGAGAUUGCUGAGCUUGUAAAUUACCGAAACAGAAUCAAUGCUUCAUCAAAAUUUUGCCUGUGCCUCUGCAUUGACAGUAACAAAUUGUCAUUAGCCUCCUCAAGGACUAUAUCGUGACUGAAAAGAAUAUGUAUACUCCAUAAGUAUUAUUGAUCAGAUCUGGUAACACUUAAUUGAAAGGAAAAUUACAUUCAGCUUACCAAACAUUUCUGUUAUCUUAAGCAGUAGCAUUAUUGGUCACUACCACAGGUCUUAGGCAUUUCAAUUAAACAGAUAACACUGCAGGACAAGCUUGCUAUUUGUUAGUUUUGUUUGUACUUUCAGGUUGACAUAGAAACAAUAAAUUUAUUCAGGUUUUGUUUGAGUUGGGUGCUUUUCUAAUUUUGCACACUGCAGGCUUAUUAUCUCCCACCGAGAAAGAAGAAUAGAUUUAACUCUUGAAGAGCACUUUGUUAGAUUCAAAGGCAGCUAUUUGUGGUGUGAAUGAUCAAAAUUAAAUGUCACUGAAGUGUUAAAUAGUUUUUGUGGUUAUUUAAACCUACAUAAGUGCUUUCAGUAACUUUUAAGUGUGCUAAACAUAGUAAAAAAAUAAUAGCUGCAAAGCUUAGCUCAAACCCUUGACAGAGUAAAUGUGAGUGAGUUCUUAACCUGAAGGUGCUGCUAGUUCUCAGUAUCAGCUGCAUUCUUACAAAAAAAAACACUGUGCAUUAUAGUAGUUUGACGUCAAAUGCCACUCAUUAUACAUCCUGACUUAAGGAAAAAUGGGACAAUCUUACACUUCCAGAUUAAACUAAGGGAUAAGUCAGUUUUCAUCUCUUUAAUAAUUAACUAGAUCAAAAACGAGUGUUAUUUUCCCAAGAAUAUGAAUAGUAUAUUUUUGAAAUUUUUGGUAAUUUGUUGAGACCACAUAAAUUCCACUCAACUUCGCAAUAUUAUUUUCCCCUUUUUUCUGUAAAAAACUUUCUAUUUCAUUUUCCAUCGUAAAAAAAUAAAAGUAGUGUUAACUGUUGUAAAGGUUAAAGCCAGUAAAGGACACUAAAACACAAGCAAGUUUUCUGAAGGCUGUGUACAGGCUUCUUUCAUUUGUUUUGCUUUGCCAACUGCGGUCACUAACCAGCCAGUAUCCUGCUGUUUGGGUUUUUAUUAAUAAUGUCUAAUAAGUUUAGGUAUCAUUUAUACCUUUAUGCUACCUUCUAAAUCAAAACUUGAGGUGGAAGUAGACUUCCACUGUUCAAACCAACCUUACAGGAAAAUGGACUGCCAGAAAACUGUUUCACAUUCAUAACAAACAUCACACUUAUUCCUCAGCAGUUGUAUAUUAAAAAGAUGUGAAUAUUCAACUAAAAUAAUGUUCUGUACUGCAAAUAAAGCAAAUAUGGGACAUAGCUAUUUUUCUUUUACCAGAUGUAAAGCUAAGUUACUGGUUCUUUGUUGCUUGAAUUCUAAGCACUGCUAUAACCAUUAGACUUGCCGUAAGUUGACUACGAGAGCACUGAAGGCACCAGGGACGCUCACAAAGCGAGCAAAAGUGAGUGACAAAGUCACUAGAGAGGAGCGAUGUAAGUCAUGGGUCAACUUUUUCCUGCCUGACCACCUAACCAGCAGAAACCGGAAAAGGCUUUGAGAAAGUCUAUAUAAACAUGAAUUGAAGUGAACCAGUUAACGGAAUAAACCACUUAAUAAGCACAACUUUUUUUUGGACUGUAUUUUUUUCUCCAAACGGUGGUUACGGAAUAUUUUUACCUUAAUAAAGAUUCAUGUAUCUGUGAAUAAAAAAAAAACAUCUGUUUACAUUUUGGAGGCUGUUAUCCACCUUGGCCUUUGUCCUUGUUGGAUAACGUCCUCCUAGAUCUACAUAAAUCCUCACAUGAUACUCAGCCUCAUUCAGUAAUAUUGUUAAUAAAAUAUGAUCUUUCAGGUUAUUAUUAUGGGCAGUGGAAAACUGGGAUGCGCUCCGGAUAUGGUAUACGAAGUGGUGAGGUUAAACGAGAAAACAGCACCACAAGGCAUUACAAGCGCUGUAUCUCUAGGCAGUCCACUGUGGAUAAUUUUAAAGCGAACGGGGUCCUUCCCAAUCAGAACAGUAAACUACAUCAUGUAAGGACCCUUUCGCAAACUGAUUCCCACCCACAAUCACCCAGACCCUUAAGUGAUCCAGACAUUGCUAGUGAAACCAGAUCAAUGAACAGUACAGUGGGCAGUGGCUCGGCUCAGUCUUAUAAGAUGGAUGGUGUUGAUGCUAAUGGGCAAAUUGAAAGGGCAGAUAAUCGCCUGAUUGAGACAUAUAAAGGAGAGUGGAAGAAUGACAAGCGGCAUGGAUACGGCGUUAUAGAAGACACUGACGGCUUUAGCUAUAUUGGCGAGUGGAGUGAAAACAUGAGGCAUGGAUUAGGAGUUGCUUCAUAUCCCGACGGGACAAAGCUGGAAGGAGAGUGGAAAAAUGAUGAGUUAGUUACAGAUUCAAGAAAGAGGGGUGCAUUAGUUUCUCUUGUGACAAGGUUUAAACAGCGGCUAAGGGUGGUCUGUGAGGGGGCCCAGGAUGCUGCAGAGAAGGCAGAACAGAAGUCACAGAUAUCACUAUCAAGAGCUGCUGCAGCAAGGGAUAAGGCUGUGGAUGCUGUCAGUGCUGCCGAAAAUGCUGUCGCAGCAGCAGCCACUGCUCAAAAGCGUGUUAGAGCAAUUAUUUCUAAAAUGAAAGACAAGACGUAGAACUAAAAUCUGUUUUGUUGCGAGGGAAUAUUUUUGAGGCUGCAGUCUCACCGAUGGCAUCAUGCCCCUUGCUUGUGACCACUGAUGGCUCAGUGUCGUAAUCUGUACACUUUUGUCAUCUUGCAUUGGCACAAGGGAGAAUCGACCUUAUUCACAAGCAUAGUUUUGCAGUUCUGUGUGAAAUACAGAAUUCAUCUCUUGCAGCUUGCUGCACUGUGUUAGCAUGGCUGGACAUUUACGACAACUGAAGGCAACAAAUGUCAACCACCAUUUUAUUUUACCACCAAGACAGGUACUUAGUAAGUUGUAGCAACUAAUAAUUUUGUAGCUGGUGAUGUUGCAGUUAGCGAAUGAGGCCAUAAGUGUGCAUGUUCCCUAUGUGGAAACUGUGGGAAGGAGCUUUCUAUAAUAAAUGUUGAGGUUUAGUAAAUAGGCAUAGGCUGUUUUGUAGUGUUGUUUACCAAGCAUUAGGUAGUCUUUUUGAUGCUACAACUUCUAAUUUUAUGGUCACGUUAAACUAAGUUUUCAACAUCUAUGCGUAUUCAUUAAUUUAUGCCAAUAAGCACAAAAAUAAUAUUGCAUUGAGUUACUGCAUUUUUGCAUUUACUGGUUAGUUACUGGCGAAAAAAGAUUUUGAAUAAUUUUUCUGUUCCCUUUUUGUGUUAAAUUUUCUGUGGAUUGACCUCAUCAUCUUGGUAAAAUAAAUGAAAUGUACUGUAAAUCAACAGAAAAAAUUCUUCUAGGAAAAUUCAUAUGUGGUGAAAAUAGUGCCUAUUAAAUUUCUUCAUUCAACUGAUCAAUAUUUUUAUGAAGAGUAGAAUUUUUUAAUUUACAAUAAAUUGCAAGCUUCCAAUGAGUCUCAGAGCCAAGAAUUGCCAGAUGAACUCAUUUGAUUUAUAAACUUCUGUAGUAUUGCUUUAAAAGAAUUCUGAUUGAAAGUUCUUGUUGGUCAUGCACACACUAGUGUAAAUCAAGUCAUUUCUGUACAAAAUUUAACGAGGAAAAUACCUACUAUUUAUAUUUUUUGCAGUGACAAAAAUUGUUUUGGGAUUGGGUCACAACAC